UUCCUCGUUUUGAAAAUUCAACGAAAACAAAAUGAGUAAAUACAACUCAAAGUAUUUGGAGGACAAGCUUAAACAAGAGCUUGAAGCCAAGUACGUGAAUGUGGUCGAUGAAUCAGACGGCUGCGGAGGAAAAUUCAGCGUGAUUAUCGUAUCCGAAGCAUUCAAAGGCAAGACGUUGCUACAGAAACACAGAUUAGUCAACACGACGCUGGCCGAAGAACUAAAAGAAAUACACGCUUUCUCGCAAAAGUCAUACACGCCCGAAGAGUGGGAGAAAGUGCAGCAACAGCAGCAACAAUAAGCCGUAACCUGUUGUCGUUCGUUUGUAGUUUGAAUUUUUGCGUGCGAUGAUCGGAACCAGUAUAGACGAAACCAGCCACCACCGAAAACAGUGAACAGUUGAACAAAGAAAGUGAAAGGGAAACAACAGACAACUGGACCGGAGUGGAGUUUGGAGUUGCUAAAUAAACUACGCAAAUGAUCCGCUAAAUGCAUACGUUACAUAAAAAAACAAUAAAAACUUAAGUACUCGACGUA